AUGAAGUUGCUGUCGUUCUUUUUCAUAUCGUCUACCUUCCUCCAGCUGAUCUCUGGGAAAAAGAUAUUAAAUUUUGAUAACAUCAUUAAACAUCUUAAGGAAAGCAAAUUAUUGCCUGAAGAUAUUCCUCACGUUUUAGAAAAUGACAUAAUUAUAGUUGCUCCAUAUUUAAUUUAUAAAUAUAAAGGAAAAAUAUAUCACCUACAUAAUAAUGUGGACGUUACUUUGAUAAACCAUCCUGAAGAAGAUUCAUGCGAUAAGGAAGAAAUUUGGGAAUCCCCAUUUCCUCCUAAAGAACCGGAACUGGAGCGACCCCACGAACCUGAAAUGGAAACAGCGCCAGAACCAGAAAUGGAACCUCAGGUUGAACCCGAAUCAGGACCAUUGCCUGAAGAGGUCAGAGAACCUGAACCAGAAGCAGAAGCAGAAUCAGAUACAGAAACAGAAACAGAAGAAGAAUUAGAAAUGGAAGAACAAGAAGAAGUGAUUGAAGCUGAUAUGGUAUUAGACGAAGAAACUGGAAUUAAAAUCCCUAAAAAGACAGAACAAGAUGUUGUAGAAGUAAGCAAAUUUCGAGAAGAAUAUGAAUUACCUAACGUUGUGGAAUUAACUCCUGAGGAGAAAGAAAAGAAUAAUAUUUUACAUUUUUCAGGUAAUAAAAGUACAGCUUUCAAUUUAAAAGAGAUUAUAAAUUAUAAAAAAGAUGAAAGUUUAAUGAAUAGUUUAUCUAGUUCCUUUGAUCAUUUUUAUACUCCCAAUGUUGAAGAACGAAAUUUGAGUAAUGCUUAUAAUGUAGAUAUUAAUGAUUAUUAUGAUUUAUUAAGAGCAUUACAUAUAUUAUGUAAAGACGAAGAUAAUAAGUUAUAUACAAUAAAUAGAAUACCUAAAGAUGAGUUAUUAUUUUUUAUUAAGCAUGCAUAUGUAAAUAUAUAUAAUUCUUUAAAAAAAUAUAUUUUAUUAAAUGGAUAUAAUUUUGAAGAUUAUAUAUAUACCUCUGAGAAUUUUACUUUAGAUCAAAUUUUUAAAGAUUAUUUUUUUUUAUCAAAUGAUGAUACUAAUGAAAAUGGUAGUUUUAAUAAUAUAAUCGAAAGUAUAAAAUAUAUAAAGAAAGCUAUAGAAAAAUUAAAUGUAAAAAGAAUAGAAGACAAGAUAAAAUAUUUUUUUCAAAUAUAUGAGGUACAUGCCUUUGAUUUUAAAUUAUUACAUUAUAUAUUUUCUCGAAAUCAGUUAUUAAAUUAUAGUGAAGAUGAUUUAAUUCACCACGCAGUAGAUAUUAUUAAUAUUACAAGGAUAGAUAUAUCUCCAAGAGUUAUAUCUGCAUUAUUUAUGUAUUUCUUAAAUAAGGUAAAUAUAUUUUUUGUACCACAAUAUGUAACAAUAAAUAGAAAUGACUUUACAUUAUUAUUGGAGCACAAUGAUUUAUUAUUAAGGACAGAGAUAAUAUAUCGAGAUUUUUUAAAACAUUUUUUUAAGCAUAAAACACCUCAUGUACAUUUGAAAAAAAACAAUCAUGAUAAUGCAUAUCAAUUAGUUCCGUGGUCUCAAGUACUGUUUUCUGAAUUUAAUAGUACCUAUGACUUUUUGAAUUUUAAAUAUAUGAUAAUAUUGUUUCAUGAUUCUUAUCAUGCGUUUGUAGAUUAUUUUGAAGGAGAUGAUAAAUUAAAUCAAGUAUUGAAUGAUAAUAAAGAGAAUAAGACCAUCGACAAUUUAGAUAAAUUUUUUAAUGAAUUAUUAAAUUUGUUUUUAAUAGAAAAUGUAGGAAUAUUAUCGACAUUAGAAGAAUAUUUUGUAAGUACUGUAAAGCAAGUUGGACGAGCUCUUUCAGAUGAUCAUGACGUUGAUUCGAAAGAAUAUACGGAGAGUUAUUUUACUCCGGAAGAAGAAGAGCAAGCUUUAAAAGAUUUUAAAGAAGAUGAGAAUUCUGUACAUCAUUUGGAUCAUUACGAAAAUAAUAUGGAUCCUUAUUAUCAAUAUGAAGGCAAAUUUGGGAGUUAUGAAGAAUUGGAGGAUGAACUCAGAAAAUUUAAAGAAGAUGAGCCUGAAGCAUGGCCUCUUGAUGAAUCCCCUUACAUAGAACAUAGUACAUUGCAUGAUGAUGAAUUAAAUCCUUUUCAGGAGGAAAAAAAAGAUGAUGAAUCUUUUUAUACAUCAGAACAUGACGAUACAUUAGAUCAUUCCCAUGAAAAAGAAGAUGAUGUGUCACAUCCUGAGCACGAAGACAACAACGAAUAUUAUAUACCUCAUACGUAUGAUGACGAUUCUUUUUUUACUUAUGAAGAAGGUGACGAAGGGGAUCAAGUAAAUAAUGAAAAUUUUCCUCUGAAUCAUGAAGAACAAAAUUGUAAUUCAUUUUUAUCUUACCAAAAAUAUGAUGAAAGGGAUAUAUCACCUCACAAUGUGAAUCAACACAAAAAAGAAAUAUUUCACCAUACGAAUAUUACACCAUAUCAGUUGAAUCAUCACAAUGGUCAUAUGGACCAACAUGACCACCAUAUGGACCAACAUGACCACCAUAUGGACCAACAUGACCACCAUAUGGACCAACAUGACCACCAUAUGAACCAACAUGACCACCAUAUGGACCACAAAAGUAAUAAUCAAUUCCUACAGAUACAUCAAAAUUAUGUAAGGGGACACUCCUCAUUUGUCACCAUAUCCGAAGGAGAAGAAAAUCAUGACAACAGGGAGCUGAGAAAAAAGAUCGAAGCAAACCUUAAAGAAGAAUGGAAAAAAAGAUUUAACGAACAACAGGAACAGAGAGAAAGAAAGAAAAAAGUAGAAGAAGAUGAAAUGAAUGAGACGAUUCAAAAACAUGAUAUGGAAACAAGUAAAUUAGAAAAAAAAGAAGAAGUGGAUGAAGUAACACAAGAUGAAGAAUUUGAUAAACAAUAUGCAAUAGAUGAUCAAGAAGAACUCGAAUUACUACGAACUAGAGAUUCUGAAGGUUCUGAAUCUGAUGUACCAAAAGAUAAAGUAAGACAUUUGUCAGAUGGUAGAAGUCCAGAUUCUUUUUAUUAUAAUACAGCUAUUAGUUCAUUCCAAGAAAAAAUGCAAGAACUUUAUAAUACAUCUAUAUCUAGUAGUUUAAAUUAUGUUAAAGAAAUAAAUCGUAAAUUUGAUGAUGUAUAUAAAGAAUUAAAAUCUAAGACAUAUCCUAAAUUUGAUGAUUUGACUAGCCAAACAAAAACAAAUUGUAAUAAGUUAUUUCAAAAAUUGAAUGAAACAAUAAAAGAUAAAGAAUAUCAAAAAAAUAUACAAUUAUAUAAAAAUAAAGUAAUCGAUAUAUUAGAAGAUAUUCAAAAAAAGGCUAAUGGGAAAUAUAUUAUUAUUCAAAAUUUAAUAAUCGAAAAAAUAGACAUUUAUAAAAGUGAUGUUGUUCGUUUAUCUGAUCGUAAAUUUUAUAAAAACUUUAGAAAAGUUUUAGGAAAACGAAAAAUGAAAAUGUUAGAAGAUUUUAGAGCACAGUUUAAAGAUGCAAUUCGAUUUAUAAAAGAUUUAACUACUACGUAUGUUGAAGAAGACUAUACAAAGGCUUUAGAAGAUAUAUAUAUGGAAAAAAAGAAAUAUUAUAAAGAACAAUAUUCAAAAAUGAGAAGAAUUAUAUCUAGUAAUUUAGAUUAUGAAGUUAACAAACAAAUAAAAGAACAUUAUCAUAAAAUAGAUACCAUUUCAGAGCAUAAAUUCCAGGAAAUACGACAACAUAUGAGAGAUAAAAUAGAAAAUACAAUACAUGAAUUAUAUAAAGAGCUAUAUGUUCAAACACAAACAGAUUUAACAAAUUAUUACCACCAAUUAGAAAAUAUUCAUUCUGAGCUUCUACAAGCAUUACAACAAAAUAAAAACAUACCUAGACAUUUGAAUGUCUUAGAAAAAAAAUUAGAAAUAACAAAAAGAAAGAAAAAAAAUAAACCAGAUAUAUCUACUAGUUCUCAUGUGACAGAUGAACAACAGGUUAGUGAUACCUUAAUUAGACAAGCACAUAAUCAUGGAGAUAUUAUAAAAGGCGAAGAUAAUGAUGAAGUGUUAUUAAUUGAACAGAUUCAAAGUUUAAAAACCAAAAUGGGAGAUAAUCAAAACCAAGUGGGUUCUAUUUUAGAAAAAUUGGAUAAUUUAAGUGAUCAAUAUGAAUUAUUACAAGACAAAUUAAAUGUAGCAGAAGAAAUAUAUAAAAACUUAAGACAUUUUAAACAUUAUGUAGAAAAAUUACAUAAAGAAAGUAAAAUAAAUAGAGAGAAAUUUAUCACAAAAGUGGAUGUAUUAUCAAAUGUAUAUUCUACUUUAGAAUAUAUGAUAAAAUUUUUACUGCAUGAUUUCCAAGAAUGGUCUUUUGAAAAAGAUGAGCUAGAAAAACGUUUAUAUGAACUUGAAGAAAGAAAAAAAUAUAUUACAUUAGAAAUACAAAUAAGAGAUACAUUAUCUACAAAUAUACAAAAUGGAGAAGGCGAUCAUAUUAAUAAUAAUAAUAAUAAUAAUAAUAAUAAUAUUGUUAGGAACAAUUUGAAAAAACAAGUUUUAAAAGAUCUAGAUCUCGAAAUAAGCAAACUAAAGGGUCAUAUAUUAGAAGUAGAUAUAAAAAAAAAUAUUGCAUUAGAACAAAUAAAUUAUCUAACAAACAAUACUAAUGAAACCGUACCAGAUGUUAUUAGUGCUCUUAUGCCUGCUCCUAGAGUAGUUCCAAUAUCUGAAGAUAUAUAUGAUUACAUAACAUGGGUAAGAGAUAAUACAGCUGUAAUAAAUGACACCUUAAGACAUUUUGUUAUGACCUUUGAUCAAACAAUAUAUGACUAUGAUGAUCAUUUAAUUUUUGUUUAUAAUAUUAAAGAAUUAAUAUAUAAAGAAAAUUUAGCUCAUGAAAAAUAUAAUGCUAACUAUUAUUACGAAAUGAAUCGAUUUUAUUUACAUUUAGAAGAAUUCUUUUAUAUUUUGAAGCAUUAUGUAGAAUUAAGGAAGAUACAGGAUUUAGGAGAAGUGGAAACUCCUUCUUUUGAAGAAAAUAUAAAAACAAAAAGUUCAUUCAUAGAUAUUCAUUCAAAAGACAAGGAUGGAAGACAAAUAAUAGAAUAUUUAGAAAGAAAUGUAUUACAUAUAUAUAGUAUAUUAAGGAAUAUCAAAAAUAAUAAUAUUCAUUUGUAUCAUUAUCUAGUACCAGAUUUAAGUAACAUUUUGAUACAUCAUGAGGAGUUUAAAAAGAUGCCUCAUGGUGAACAACCUGAACUUAAUAAAUUACACAAAUAUUUGUUAGAUGCAUAUACAAAUUUGAAAAAACAGGGAGAAGUGGUUGAUCAAAUAUAUGUGGAGUAUAGAAAUUUUCACGAUCACUUUGAGCAUACGUAUGAUAAAUUGUUGUGGUACAAAACUAUACUGAAGCGUUAUAUAGAGAGAAGUAAAAAAAUUUAUGAAAAGUCAUACGGCACUCAUGCUGUGUCUCAUAUACAACUAUAUGAUAAUAAGAAGGAUCACCAUGAAAAACAUCAUGAACAUGACCAUGAAAAACAGCAUGAACAUGACCAUGACCAACAGCAUGAACAUGACCAUGACCAACACCAUGAACAUGACCAUGACCAACACCAUGACCAUCACCAUGAUCAUCACCAUGAUCAUGACCAUGACCAACACCAUGAUCAUCACCAUGAUCAUCACCAUGAUCAUCACCAUGAUCAUCACCAUGAUCAUCACCAUGACCAACACCAUGAUCAUCACCAUGACCAACACCAUGGUCAACACCAUGACCAACACCAUGACCAACACCAUGACCAACACCAUGAACAUGACCAUGAAAAACACCAUGAACAUGACCAUGAAAAACACCAUGACCAUCACCAUGACCAACACCAUGAACAUGACCAUGAAAAACACCAUGACCAACACCAUGAUCAUCACCAUGACCAACACCAUGGCCAACACCAUGAUCAACACCAUGAUCAACACCAUAAUAAUAAUUACAAUUAUAAUAAUAUUUCAUUUCUUCGUUCCUAUGUCCAACUUAAUUAUCAUAAUACCUUAAAUGAAAGGACUGACCACAUAUUUUUGAAAUCCCCUAUUUUACUACAAUAUGAUCCGGAAAAGUUUUUAGAGUCUAAUGAGAAAAGAUAUAUUCGAGUUAUUAGAGAUCAGAAUAAUUUCCCUUAUAAACUCGGAGAGGUUAAAGAGACAUAUGUAUUAAACAAAAGUAUUCAUGACAAAUUUGUAAAAACUAAAAAAUUAGAUGAAUACAAGAAAUACAUGAAUAAUAAAUUAUACGACAUUGUACAUGAGCAUAAAAGAGGGAAGGGGAAAUUAUAUUUAUUUGAAAAAGAAGAAUUAGAAAAAUACCAAUUAAUAUUUGGAGGCAAGACAUUAAUUAAAGGUAGUUUAUUAAAUUUUCUGUCUCAUAUGAAUAUAAACAUAAAUAAGAAUUUAUUAAUAAAUCAAAUAAAUGAUAGUAUAAAUGAAUAUUUAAAAAAACGUAAUCUUAGUUAUACUUCUAUAAUAGAGUUGAUAAAAUAUUUACAAAAAAACCCGAGUGUUAUACAUUUUAUUGAUUUAAUAAAAUUAGGAAAGAAUAUAUUAGAACGUUCUAAUGUAUUAUAUAUUAACAAAGAAUGGUUUACUUUAUAUUUAUAUACUUUAUUAGAAUUGCUAGGUAUAGAAGUAAAUAUGGAGCAUGUAGAUGUACAUGAACAAAGGGAGUUGAAAAAUCAACAUAAUAAUUAUAUUAGUGAGAAAUCAUAUGCUUUACAUUAUUUAUAUAUAUUAAGAAAUUAUAAUAAAAGGAUUGAAAUAAAGAAUCAGAUACAAAAUUAUGUUUUAAAAUUUUUAUUACCUGAACAUAAAUUUGAUAUUGAAGAUUACAAUCCUAUUUUAUAUGACUUUUUGAAAGCUAUAAACGAUAGUAUGGAUGGAGAUUCUAUUACAUAUGAUGAAUUUAAAAAGAAGAAUCCUGAAGUACACACAACUUUAGUUAGUGUUAUAAAAAAGGGUAUAGAAGAUUUCUUUUACACGAUGUUUACUAAAAUUAUUGAAGAACAUCCUGAGUUAAAGGAAGAACUAUAUUUUGAUGACAAUUAUAAUGAUGAAGAAAAAGAUCGUUUCAGAUAUGCAAAUUAUACAUGGGAAAGAGCAAACUUGAAUGAAAUAUUAACUUUAUAUUUUUAUGUGUUAAAUCCUGGUUUACGUAGCGUUAUAUAUAAACAUUUUAUAAAAGUAAAUAUAAAAUGUUUAAAAGAUUAUAAAAAUUUUGAUUUUAAAGAAAUUUUCUCCUUUUUAAAUUAUGAUGAUAUAGGUGCUACAUUUUUAAGUUAUUUGAAAGAGCAUGAAUUAUUUGAAAUACCACCAUUAAUAAUAUUCUUACGGUUUUUUUUUCAUGAAAAAAAUGAAGAAUUAUUUACCUUUAGUUCUAUUAGAUAUAAAAUAAAUUCCUAUUUUGAAGGGAAAUCACUUGAUAGAAAGACCAAAGAGAUGAUAGCAAUAUUAAUUUAUUCCUUUUUUAUGAGGAUAUCUUAUUUAUCUGUAUCCUAUUUUGAUCAUGAUAUUUUUAAAAUCAUAAAUAAAAGUGAUUUAAAUAUUAUUAUAUUAUUUCAUACCAUAAUAAAUAAAAUUAAUUAUUUAUUAUAUUGUGGUACAGAGAAAUUAUUUAUUGAACGAUAUGCUCCUACCAAUUUAUUUUUACAAGAUCGAAUAUUUAAAAUAGACGCAGUCAAAGUAUUUCAUCAAUUUAUAUAUUCAUUACCUCAAUAUAUGAGAAAUGUUCUUUUACAUUUUUUUAAAAGUACUCAAUUUAUAGAUGUUACGAAAAAAUUAAUAAUAAAAUUUUUGCAACAUUCUCAUUCAUUAUUAGAUAUAACAAAUCAUAAAGAUGGACAUUUUUAUGAAUUACAAAAUAAUACAUAUAAAUUAGAAACAUUCUUAUUUUCCUGGAAAUAUAACUUUACAAAAAAUAAAAAUAUCAUAGAUCCAACAUUUAAAAAAUUUAUAGAAAAUAAACCAUUCUUUAAAAACAUGCCAUUAUUAUAUAAUAGAAGAAUAAAAUAUGAUAGUAUAAAUGAAAAAUUACAAUAUAAAGAAGAAUUAGAUUUACAUGAUAUGAUAGAUAAUGAAUCAUUCCAUCAAUUAUUAGAUUUAUUAAAUAAAGAAUCCAUAUCUUUAGAAGAGUUAAGUUCUCUAUUUUCACGUUAUAUAACAGAACAAGCUAAUAUUAAGGAUUUCCCAAAAUUAUAUAUGUUUAAAAAAUAUGUAACAUACGUACAAGAUGAAAAGUUCUUUAUAAAUUUAUAUGAAUAUUUAUAUAAUUUUCUACAUAAAGAAUUUGACUUACCACAACCUAUAUAUGAAUUGUAUUAUGUAUUUAUUAAAACAUUUAUAGAAUAUAUAUUAUUACCAGAAAAAUUAACACAAGAGGAAAAAUCACAAAAUGUAUUAAAUUAUGAUUUACAAAAUAAAUAUAUGAAUUUCCAUCAUUUUGUUCAAAAAUUAUGUUCAUGUCUAUUCAAUUUUUAUUAUUAUGAUGAAAUAUAUGAAUGUCAGCCUUUUGGAUUUUUUACAAAAGAACAAUUUUCUUAUGAGCAACAAAUUUUUAAUAUAUUACAACAACCAUUUAUACAUAUAAGUCCUAUAAUAAAACAUAAUUAUGUUCAUGAUGAUUAUUAUAUCUAUGAAAAAGGUCUCAACGGAAAUUAUUUAAGUAGUAAUGUUAAUAAUAAUAAUGAUAAUCAUAUUAUUAAUAAUAUAGAUUCUAGUUAUGUUAAUCGUAGGGAUAAAAAUGGAGAUUAUAUACAUGGUACCAACAUAAAUAGUGAUAUAUUUUAUCAUUUUAUAAAACAAUAUAUACCAUUAGUAGAACCAUCCGAUGAAGAACAUUUACAAAUAGAAGUAUUCAAGGUGAAAUAUUUCACAUUAGAAAUAUCGAAAUUUGUUCUACGACAUAUUUUGAAAAAACUCCCUUUUAAUUAUCUAAUACACAUGAAUUGGAAUGAUACUUACAUACAUAUAGACAAUAUAAUAAAUAAUCUCUUUUUACAUUUUUUUAAAAAAAAUAAAGCACAUCUACUUCAACAAAAUCAAUUACAAGGGUUAACACAUAAAAUUCAUUUCGAAAACAACCAAGGGAAAGAACACACAAAAGAUGAAUAUUUAUCAAAACAUAUACCACAAGGGCUUCAAAAUUAUGAUACAAAUAAAUUUUCCGGAACAAUAAAUAAUUUAUUAAAAGAUGUGAACAAUUUGCCACCGACAUAUAAACAUAUCAAAUAUUAUAUUGAUCAUUACAUAUUACAAUAUUCUUUACAUAAUCAUAUGUUAUUUAAAUAUUUAUAUAACAUAUUCCAACAUAUAGAUCAAUAUAAAACAUAUUUCCCUACUUUAGCAGAAUUAUAUUUAUAUAUCGACAAGAGGGUCAGCAUAAUCAAUGUCAUAAAUAAUUCCUUUCUAUAUAACAGAAUUCACACACGUGACGUAAUACAGACAUUCUUGUUACUCUGUCAUGAGCUUGGUCUGGACCUUUACGAAUUAUAA